GCAGAGGGCGGAGCCAGAGGGGGCUGGAAGCGGGGGUGUUAGGUCCGUCCUUUCCCCUGCCGUGUCCCCUUUUCUCGGCUCGGCGCAGACGCCAUGUUGGUUUGAAAGGAAGAUGACAAGAGGCGGCUGCAGGGGUGACGGUGGGCGGCGAGGGGUAUCCGAGAGCGGCUCGCGUUGAAGGAAGGCGGUGUCUCCGCUCCCCCGGGCUCGCUCACCCCCCCUCCUCCUGCGCCCCGGCUCUCAGGGAGACGACGAGGAAGAGGGCAACUCGCAGCCCCGCCGCGUCAGCUGUGGGGGGUUUCCGCUAACCGUCUGCUGAGGGAGCCCCUGGAGGAGGGGGAGGAAAAGCGGCGGCGGCGAGAGGACUGGCGAGAGAAGAGCCGGCGGCGGCGAUGAGAGCCGAGACCUGAGGCAGGAGAGGCGGAGGGGGCGGCAGGCGCUGCUGCCGCUAGAGGCGACUGCGGUUUAAAUCCCCCCCUUGAGCUGCCGCUGCUGCUGCAGUUUGAGGGGGGAGGGUUUUAUUUCUAUUGUGUGCCCCGUUUCCUCCCCGCUGCCCCCCGUUUUCUGGGCUGAAUGUGACAGCAGCACCUCCAGGAAGGGCCUGAACCAGGAAGGGAAGCCGCAAUUGUUGCCUCUCCCAGCGGCAGCUCCUCGCCCGGCUUCACUUGGGAGGAAACAACCGCGCAACAACUUCGGGUCCACAGAAGGGAGGAAGGGAGGUCGCUUCACUUCUCGGCCUGAGUGUGCCUGUCGCUCUCUUUUAAGGAGGAGGUGACUGGGACGCAGAACUAUCCUCUGAAUCAUCCUCGUCAUUCAUUAUUGGUCUGAAGAGGAAGCGCGAGAAGGGAAAAAAGCUGGUACACAAUUCAUGUCCUUGUAUAUUUCUGCCUGGUCCACCUGGCACCACUGGUGCUGUUGCUGCUGACAAGGAUCUGCUGCCAUCUCUAGUUUCCCUGGUGUGUUCUCUCUGAUCGAGCCUUUUUUAACACCAGUUUCUCUUGGAUUUUCCCCCUCUCUCGAUCCCACGGUUUUCUUGCUGCGGGUCUAACACUUUAUUGGGUUUAGGGAAAGCCCAGAACUUAGCAGACGCACACCAAAGAUUGGUUGGCUGGAAGAUCAUUUUGCUGUAUACUCUUGGCUGGCUCUUAAGAAUUUCUCCUGUUGUGUGUUUUGAAACCGUCAGGGUAGUAUCAAGAUGUCCGGCAGCGUCCCAUCUGAUAUGAUAAAUUUGCGCCUCAUCUUGGUAAGUGGAAAAACAAAAGAGUUCUUGUUCUCGCCAAAUGAUUCGGCAGCAGACAUCGCAAAACAUGUAUAUGAUAACUGGCCAAUGGACUGGGAAGAAGAGCAAGUGAGUAGUCCACACAUUCUGCGGCUUAUUUAUCAAGGACGAUUUCUGCAUGGCAAUGUGACAUUAGGAGCAUUAAAACUUCCUUUUGGCAAGACAACAGUGAUGCAUUUGGUGGCUAGAGAGACAUUGCCAGAGCCAAACUCUCAAGGUCAGAGGAAUCGUGAAAAAACUGGAGAGAGCAAUUGCUGUGUGAUCCUGUAAAAGCUCUGCUGUAUCUGCUACUUGUGAUGUAAAAUAGUUUUCGUCUUUCAUGCCGCUGGACUAGAGGAGACCAACAUUACUUCAGACACCCUUAGGAAGAACCUAUCUGUGAAUCCAUUGAACAAUUAUUACAUGAACACUAUCAUGGUUCCCCCCCUACCCUAGAACAAUAAACGCUCUUUUAUUUCUACUUUUUAGGUUGUCGAACAAGCUUAUUAAUACAUCAUUUCUCCAAUGCAGUCUAUCUCCAGGAAAAGGUUAACUGUUCUCCAACAGGAAUCAUUUUGCUACCAUAAAAUCAUCCUUAACCUGAACUUUAACUAAUCAAGAUUUCUAGAUGCAACUUGCACUAAAAAUUGCUGACAAAAUAUAGACCUCAUCAACAAAAGCUCUUAAGUAUUUCAAACACAGAGAAAUGAUUCAGUACUGGAAAAUACUAUCAGCAGUCUUUUUUUCUUAAAUUCAGUAAUGGCCAACUGAAAGGGUGGGGGGGAAAUAACUAAGUAAAUUCUACCUAAGUCAACUUUGAUGGCCAAACUGGCACAAAAUACUAACUAAAAUUUGAGUCUGAUUAUAUAGACGUAUAUAUUUUCACUGCAACAAACGAUGUGCCUGUAAUUUUAAAGCACUCUGUAGAGGGCUGUUGAAACGGAUUUUUUUCAUUGAUGUGCACUCUUCUCGUACAUUAGAUGAGUGCUUGUUCAGACAGCACAAAUAAGUGCAGAGAGUGCAUUUCCUAGCCUUAAUAUGGGAGGGGUAAUUUCCUGUAGUUCAUAGGCUUUUAUUAAUGUGCAUAAAUAUUAGAAGACCUCAUUUACUAAUCAAUUUUAUGUCUUUGAAUAUCAACAAUUGAUGUUUUUCAAUCAUUCUUAUUCAUCUGUACUUUAGUGUCCAGUGUCAUGCUUACUCAUUAGUGACUUCAAAAGAAUAAUUAAAAAGAAAAGAAAAAAGAAAAAAAACCUUUGCCAUAUAACAAGUUUUUGUUUGUUAUCUGCAUUUGGUAUUAGUGCUUGCAGUUGUAUUGGGAAUCAGAAACUGGUUUUUAAAAGCAUACAUAGUUACAAAGGAUACCAUUCUUAUACUUCAUAUAAUUUAAAAAUUGAAAUGCUAAAAAAAACAUUUUGCACAGCACUAAAGCAUGAGUUAGUUUCACCUAAACCUGUAAAAAAAUAUAAAAAGUUUUAUAUUUUUUUCCACUGGGGAGAAAUUCUUCCUAGUUGAAAUUACAAAUGUGUAGAAUAUAUUUAAUAAAAAUCUUAUAAAAACAUAACUAUAGAACUUAAAUAUAGAUUGGCGUGUAGAAUAAUACAACAAUAAUCCAUAUAAAUAGCUCUAGGCUUUAAAAAAAAAUUACAGGUUGACCAUUGUGUUCUGUACUUGAGUCCAUGGCCCUUACAAAUGUUCUGUGUUUUCUGAAUGAUCAACUUCAUUAAAUGUAAUCAGGUUAUUUUAUUCAAUGUUAUUGCUUUGACAAAAUGCUUUAUAUGCAGUAGGCCUACAAAAAUAUUGUUCAUAAUGAUCAAAAUUAAAUUUGUAUAGAGCAGAGUUUUAAAAUGAAUUGUAAAUAGCACUAAACAUUUUCUUUCUGCAACCUGUACUGAUAGAUUCUUCUGUAAACUAAAUAAAAGAAGGAUAUUGUAGUGCA